GUUUAAUUGAAUGGGAAAUGGGAAAUAGGAACUUACGGAAUAACAUCAUCGCUCCAACUUGAAAGGCUUGAAAGGACUCGAGUGCGUAGUAGACCUCCUGGCUCAAUUCGACAUAAAAUGUUUACCUAAGCCAACAAUAUUCUACUAUUGGUGCUAGCGGUACUAUACGUACAUCGUGUGUCGUAUUCUCUAACGUUUCAGUACUUCGGAAUUAGGGCCACCUUUUCCCUCCUACGCCCUACGCCCUUCUCGGGUUGUCGUCGCCAGAUGCGACACCCAGCAGCCGAGUCGUUUCGAGGGAUAGAAAACCAAGGACAUACUUCCAAGGUUGCCCGGCUUCAUGCAACCUUCCGAUCGUGAUUCACCGCCUGGGGGUGGAUCACUCCCUACGUCCCCCGUACUAUCCCAGGCCUUAAGGGUCCAAAAGAGCCGCCACACCCUCAACGAUGUCUCACCACUCUACAACUCCGAAAUUACCCUACCAUACCGACGAUCACAUCCCUCCGCCGCCUCUCUAUAUGCCUCGACUCUAUCACCUCCAGGUUCGAGGUCCCAAUCCCCCGUCGGUCGUCCAUCUUCGCGAUUAGCCUCUGGUUCCGUCUUCGGCGCAGCAUCAAAUAACGCCCUUGCACUUGUUUCCAACGCUGGCGACAGCCCGGGUGAUCCGCUGAACCUCAUCCUAAGAGCCUUCGUACCACAUGUCGCCGUAUAUUCAUCUGAGGAUACCGAUAUCUUACUGAAGGAGAAGGGGUUUGCGCGUGGCCUAUGGGAACUACUUCGACCGUUCGGGGAGCGCGUCCAAGGCAAGGUUAUAAUACGAGAUAGCAAUGGAUCCAGCCGAACAUACGAAGACUAUUCGAUACACUUCGUCCAAUUCGGGGAGGGUGUUGUACAUCCAGAGCCCGUAACAACUGGAUUGAGGUCGCAAGUGCCGAGGACGAAUGGUGUCUCGGAAAAGUCGAAUGAUAAGGGCCAGCCGAGACAAGGGAUCGCAAUCCCUGAUGUAGAGGCUGUUGUGGAUCGCCAUUUGAGGUAUGCUGAAGAAUCAUUCUUCAGUUUACCUCAGAGCCCUACAAAUAAUGGCCUAGAUAUCGAUGUUCCCUCGCCAUAUUAUGCCUUAUAUCUACGUAGGCUGCUCUCUGGCCUACCUUUAACACCACAUGAGACGUUUGCUCACCCUGUUGCCUGCGUCAUUGCGAUAAGCUCUCGAAACCAGACUCCGAUAGAGACACUGCGACGAUUAUACGCCGAAUCUAGCACGGGAGACAGGCGAUUACCCAAUUGGGUAGAUGGGGAAUUCUUGCGUUAUUAUGUCCUGGUCCAUGAGGAGGAGAGAGACGAUAUUACAAGAUCUAUGUCUCUUUUCGAUCAGAUGAAACGAAAUCUUGGCCUCCACUGUCACUUACUCCGUAUAAGAGGAACGCAGAGCGUCGCUACUGAUGAUGACAGCAUACCACUUCCCCGAAGCGAGUGGAUGUCCGCUUCGGAAGAGUUGGUCGAUAUUCGGAGGAGCGAGGAUCAAGAAGAUUUUGAGGAUCCAACUAGGUACAUAUUCGAGUCAGAUGCGACUGCAAUACGCACUUUCAUUCGUGAAAUGGUAACUCAAUCUAUAAUACCGACCAUGGAGCGUCACGUAUCAGUAUGGAAUGAUCAAGUAGCAUCGCGAAGAAGAGGAUUAGCUGGGCGGUUUGUGGGUCUAACGAAACGAUGGGGGUUCGGCGGUAAUUCUAGGACGUCAUUCGCAGGGCCGAGCUCUGGGAGUAACUACGAUUCUCACGGCUUUUACCGGCAGGACGCCCCUGAAGCCAUAAUGCGGAAGUUGGCAGACUACGCCUUCAUGCUGCGGGACUGGAAGUUAGCUCAUUCAACAUACGACCUUCUACGCGGCGAUUUCAAUAACGAUAAGGCGUGGAGAUAUCACGCUGCAGCGAGCGAGAUGACGGCAAUUAGCCUCCUCAUCAUGCCUCAGAACCUAACAGCCAAGUCAAGGGCGGAAACGAUAGAUACCGCAUUCGAAGCCGCAUUUUACUCAUACAUAACACGCUGUAGCGCGCCAUACGGGGCGUUACGUUGUCUUUCUCUUGGCCUAGAGCUCCUACGUCUACGCGGCGGCUCCAGCGUAGACGAAGCAGCGAAAUGGGGGCUUCGGCUCUUAGAAAGCAAGAUCACGGGACCCGUCGGGGACGCGCUGAUAAAGGAGCGCCUCGCUGUCUGCUAUGCCUCUAAGGAAGGCAUGGGAAAUCAUCGCUGGGGCAGCAGGAGGCGGAAGUCCGCUCUUUGGAGCGUACUCGGCGCCGAAGCCUGGGUCCUGCAGGCCAAGUACAUACAGGCGCAGCGGUGCCUCAACGAGGCCCGAAAGACGUACUCGGACCUGCCGAGCGGGAACGGCAUCGACAAGUUCGCGUACGCCAGUGCGUUCGUGCUUGGUAUCGGGAAUAAGCUGAACCAGAACCUCGAAGCGGCCGACCAAGACGACGACGACGAGAAUUUGGAUGAUCAGAGCGACGAGGUAGAUGAGGAGAGUGAGGCACUGGAAGACAAUACGAGGGGGCGACGUAUUAGCACGUUGGGGUUGCCUGGCGGAGGUGCCGGCGCAGCGAGCUUAGAGACCGCGCCAUUAAAGGCGCAACUUGAUGCCAGGGAAGGAGAAAGGGGCAAACAGGAUACGGGCGAGGCUAAGGAUGAUUUUGGUUAAUUACUGUAGAUGGUACGGCACGGCUGGUUGGUACGGGGCAUGGAUGGUUUAGAAGGUCCUUCACAUGAUACUGUUUUGUAUUGGGGAGGGCAAGUAAUUAUUUAACUCAUGGGAAUGACAACAUUAUUUUGCUUCUUCAUUUAAUGAAUAGCUAGUUAUGAUAUCGGUGC